AUCAUGACACCACCUGGACGUCUCCACCUCCUGGGGGUGCACGCCCCCCCUGUCCUCCUCUUCCUGGGGCUGCUUCUACUGGCCCCACCACCAGGGGCCCAGGGCCUCCCUCGUACGGACCGGUCUUCUGAUCCGUGUCCCCACCAGGCUUCUUUCUCUGGCACCUUUAAACCUACUGCUCACCUCAUUGGAGACUCACUGAUCCCCAAUGUGCUAAGCUGGACAGCGGCCACAGACCACACCUUUCUCCAUGGCUUCUCUUUGAACAACAAUUCCCUCGUGGUCCCCUCCACUGGUGUCUACUUCAUCUACUCUCAGGUGCUUUUCAGUGGCAAUGGCUGUCCCAAUGAUGACAUCCCUCUCUUCCUGACCCAUGAAGUACAACUCUUCUCCUCCCAGUACCCCACCCACAUGUCUAUCCUCAGUGCCCAGACAUCUCUAUGCCCGGGGAUGGAAGGACCAUGGAUGCGUUCACUGUAUGUGGGCGCUGUGUUCUUGCUCAAUCAGGGGGACAAGCUAUCCACUCAGACACAUGGCAUCUCCCAUCUAGCCUUAAGGCCCAGUGGCGUCUUCUUUGGAGCUUUUGCCCUGUAGACCUUGGAAAAGUCCAGGAAGGAGAAAGAAAGAAAUCUAGUUCAAGGCUUUCUCCCUAUUUAUCUCCAUUCUGACCGUUUCAAGGGUCACAGUAACUCUCCUUUGCCCCCCCUCCUAAUAGUCUCAAGACUUCAACGCCCAUUACCUGGGGCUUGCCAGGCACUCCAGGGGGCCAGCACCUCCAUGAAGCACCCUGAUACUCUGCUGAGGAUUUCAAACCUGCCUAGAAAUCCCUAGAGCAGAGCUAUGUGUCUGUCCUGCUUGUCUAGGUCAGUCAAGCAUGGACAUGAAGCUGACACAGAGAACUUGGGAAGAUGACAGGGAGAGAGAACUAUUUAUCAAGAGGGAAACUAAGUUAUUUAUUUAUGGGGGAUGAUGGAGAGAGAGAGAGGAGCAAUAGAAAGGCAUCAGGAUGACAAGAGAGAGUCUAGAAAUGAAGAAGGAGAAGGCAUGGGGCUUCCCUAAGGAGGGGAGGGAGAGAAAAGUAGAUCUGAGGGACUGAGGGGUUCUAAAAGGAAGCAAAAGGCUAGCCAUUGCUUGACUAGAUGCCCACAAGAGCCAUCUGCACCC